GAAAUUAGAAACGUCAUAAACGUCACUUUUGUGUACACACAUUACUCAUUUUGUUGCGUUAAAAAUUCCAUUUCUUAGAAAUCUUACGCAAAUUUAAAGUGAUUGUAUUCGUUUCUCGCCUAAAAAAUGUCGUUAAAUACGGCCCACAUCAACGGGGGGGUUCUAAUUCAUAACGGGGAGUGUAUUUUGGUGUUCUCGGACAAGGUCACGAUCGAAUGGCUUGAAUCAACCAACGACCCGGCUUUUAAGGGUACUAAAAAAGGGAGGAUUUAUUUAACAACACAUCGAAUGAUUUUUAAUUCGUCAAGUAACGAUGAUAAAAUGCUCUCGUUUAGUUUCCCUUUUGUAACUUUGUCGAAUGUUGAGAUUGAACAACCGGUUUUUGGGGCCAAUUUUAUUAAAGGGAUGGUUGUUGCACAACAAAAUGGAAAUUGGCAAGGACGGCAAACGUUUAAAUUAACUUUUAAACAUGGUGGGGCUAUUGAAUUUGGUCAAGCUAUGUUAAAAGCAGCGAGUUUAGCUAGAAGAAAUGGUCAAAAUGCUCCCCCACCUUACGUACCAUCAAUGGGGCAAUCUUACCCGGCUCCACCCCCAGCUUACGCUCCCCCACCGAACGGUUAUUAUGGAUGGGUUCCCCCUUCGAACGUAUUCCCGGAUCACCCCCCCCAAAACUCCGUUUAUAUGAGCGAUGCCCCACCUCCGUAUCCCGGAAUUAAUCAACAACAAGGAGUAACACCGAACACACCGGGGGCGUUUGCUAAAGCGGCCGAGGCAGCACAAUCAGCGUAUUACGAUCCUAACCAACCUCAGAUGGCCUAUGUGCCACCCCCGGCUUAUUACGAAAACCCCCCAACGUAUGAUGAAGCGACCAAAAAGUCUCAGUGAAACGCCUUGAAUAGUGGGAUUUCAAUGGGAUAAGUAUUCUUUAUCCUUUUAUUAAUAAAUACUGAUAUAAUGAGA